UACAAUAACAUAUAACUAACUAACUAACUAACUAACUAAAUAAAUAAAUAAAUAAAUGUAUUUAUGUAAUUAAUCACGUUACCUGGGGCCAUGGUGAAGCAAGCUACAGACUGCGGAUAUGUUCAUCGCACCUUUCCCAACCAAUGAGAAUGCAGAGGAGCAGCGGGAACAAGUUCAUUGGUCAAAAUCCGCUACAUCUUUUUGUUUGGCUGAUGACUUCCGGCAGUCUUGUAGUGGUGAAAACCUGAGCGCAGGAAAAAAAGAUUCAUGAGCGUGUAGGAUGAGUUUGAGUGCACAGAAGAGCAAGUGUGUGUGAGAGGACACGAGAGCAGUUUUGUAGCAGAGCAAAGUGAAUCUGAGCGAGAGCAGAGUAACAUGAGUGAGCACAUAUAUUUUGCAUGCGAGCAAAGGAAAUCAUAGAAUGCAGGAAAAGGUAACACGCAAAGCAUAAAUAAGCCCAACCUCAGAGGAAGCUAGACAUUUGCUAGCUAAGCUGCUGCUUUGCUUUCCUCGUCUCACUGGUGGCAACCCAACAUGUUACUUGACGCCAAAUGGCUUCUCUUUCUCUGUUUACUCAGGCUGCACUUGAUUCUUCAAGUGGAAUCCAAUAUCACCAGCAUUAAUGGGACAGUUGGGCAGGAAGCCUGUAUUCAGUUCAAAUUUGAAUCACUGAACAACAGCAGAAUGGAUGGCAAGAGCUUGAUUGUGCGCAGAGAUGACAAAAGGACUGAAGGCACAUGGACUAAUAGCUCCUGCUCCCCAAGUUCUAAAUUUUUGAAAGAAAAAUCAAACUGUGCAGUCUACAUUGCUGAAACACCAUCCAGAGAAGUUUUUCUGUACUUCCCAAAUCUCUGCAAAACACAUAUUGGAGUUUACCAGCUGGCAUUAUACGUAGAGAAUCAACAAAUGGUUCUUAUUGAGAGCAACAAAGUUAAUCUGACCGUAUAUCCUGGUGCUAAUGUAACAACAGAACCUCCCUUCAUCACUAACAAUGAUUCCAGGGAAAUGAACCAAUCAGAAUCCACAAAGAUCUUAAUCUUCUGUAUCCUAGUGAUCAUACCUGUGUUUGUGCUGGCAGGGCUGCUGGGCUGGUUCUACUGCACAUACAACAUGAAAACAGAUGACACACCAACACGGAGCCCCAUGUCACAGCAGAGGAGAUGCCCAGUGCACAGUACAGUACCUGCUGUGAGCACUAUUGAGUAUGGGGUGUUGGAUUUUCAUAAACAAUCAGAAAGAACAAGCCAUGCAGAGGCACCAAAGGUCCAGGAAGGAGUAGAAUAUGCCACCAUCCUCUACCCUCCACAGAGAAAGAGAACAUGAGAUUAGAGCAGACCAAGCACCCUAUAAGGAUAAUAUAAUAGAAUAUAAUAUAUAUAUGAUCAUUAUUCUAUACCUCUGAAACUUGAAUCAUUAUGUUUUUUUUUUUCACAGUGCACAAAAUACAUGAGGCAAUGGGUGCAUACUGAAUUUUAGGGAAAAUGUCAUUCCAUAUUUCCAUGUAUUUCUGAAUGAAUGUUGUGAUAUUUCUUUGCAUAACUUUGCCACUGUAUGUGUAGAGUACUGUAAUGUAAUGCAAUUAGUCAGCAUUUUAGAGAGGUGACAACCACAAAAGCCCCUGUGAGAAACCCCCCUUCCACAACACAGUGCUACACCAGCCCACGGCCUCAUUUUGUAAUGCUGCUGGGUAGUUUAUGUAAUAUACUAAACACUAUUUGGUUAUAAAUGUAGUGUAUCUUGUUUAUAUUAAUAUAUAAUUGCAGUGUGUUUAGAGUAUAUUAAAAUAUGAAUGCAGUAUGUUUUUUUUGUGCUGUAGCUCUUUUGUAUUAAUUUAGAAGCAGCUACUGAAAUUCUGAAUUUAAUUAGAGGACACUUUCAAAUACCAUACGUACAGUGUACUGUUGUUUAAUGAAAUUGAUGCUGAUGACAUUUCUGAAUAAUAACAGUAUUUUAAAUUUAUCCUGGUUUGUUUGUGUUUAUAUGUUUUAUGGUAAUGUUUUGCCAGUGGGUUGUUUACUGUUGUAAUACUGAAUGGUGCCAAUAAAUGCUGUGUUAGUAUUUCA